GCGGAAGCCCGCAGGUCAGGUUCCGGUCCCUCGCUGCACGCUUGCCUUCCGCGGGUUUGUGAAACGAAAAGCAUACGACUAGCUGUCGGCUUGUAGAAAAUAAAGAAACAAUGAGCAAAGCACAUCCGCCCGAGCUGAAGAAGUUCAUGGACAAGAAGCUUUCAUUGAAGUUAAAUGGAGGCAGACACGUGCAGGGCAUCCUGCGAGGGUUCGACCCGUUUAUGAACCUGGUGGUGGAUGACUGUCUGGAGAUGGGCCCAGGAGGACAACAGAACAGCAUCGGCAUGGUGGUCAUCAGGGGAAACAGCAUCAUCAUGUUGGAGGCCUUGGAGAGAGUAUGAGAGAGGAGGGGGAGGCCACAGGUGGAGAAGAGAGGGAUCCACACCUUUUCUUAUUCUGUUAUUCCUUAUAGUUUUUUGUUUGUUUGAAAGAGGCAAAGACAGUUGGGUGUCUUUGAACUGUAAGACAUUUGUCUGAUUUCCAUUGACAGGGACAUUUGUUUUUAUGUUGAAUUGUGUAAUCUUGUGAAUAAAUGAGUUUUUCUUUGUA